AUGGACACCUUCUUUACGACUUUACAGGAAUUCGCAUCGUCGUUAGUCGUUCAGACACGUGAAUUAAAUACCGCACUCUCGACUUCCGCGUUGUCUCUCUUGUAUGGACGCCAAGCGGAGUCACUUGGUGAGUUUUCCAAACAAGCGAAAUCCUUACUGGAUGAAGCUCUCGAAGUAGAACGAACACCGAAUAUGAAAUAUCCAAUUGGAGAAUUUUUUAGCAUUGCUGAAGAGGGUUACAAUAAGCAGCAAGAGAGUCCGACAUUGGAGAGUUUGGGAAUAUCUAAUCAAGCAUUGGCUUUGAUUAGGGAUGAACCGACGCCUAUGCCUGAACGCGUAUUAGAUUGGAAUGAUAUAACAAACUCUCCAAAUUUCUGCUCCGUGCACACACCCACAUUUGAGAGAGAUCCUCCUCUUCAAACAUCAUCUCACCUUACUGAUUCACUUACAAAAAGCGGUGAAUCGCCUAGAAGACAGCUAGUUUAUAAGGAUGGAGAUAAGUCAAAGUUGGAAUAUUUGGAGAUACGAAAAAUAGAUGCAGAGGAGUUUAAAAAACUGGGAUAUUUUUGUCAGCAGACUAGUUUCGAGCGUCUUAAUAAUGUUGUUAUGGACAUAAACGACAUAAUAAGAGAUAAAAUGAACAAAGCCCGAUACGAUAAUGACACUAUCUGGGACGAAAUCACAGCGGAAGAACUUGAAACAGACAUUGGAAUUGGCGUGCUAGAAUGUCGUGAAAAAUCAGCAGUUUUAUUGGCCUUGAUGCAAUUAGGAAGAAUCGAAUGCAAUAAAAUGAGGAAGAAUCUGUUAUUAGAGGGAUUUGACGUUAUGUUGUUGGAUCCUGUCAAGAGGUUCAGACAAUUAUUAGACAAGUGGAAAGAGAAUGCUAUUCACAUGGGAUUGGAAGUUAGAUGGGAAGAGCGUAACAGGAAUUGA